GCUUUGAAUGCAGAGUUUGUGAACUACCACAAAAUGUGAUGAUAUUUCCAAUAUCGGUGUGGUUACAAACCUCAAAGCAUCAAUGAGUGAUGUCAUCAUCCCACAUGGCAAUGGGCUUGUUCAACAUUGCUGCGACAGUGCAGGCGACUGCGACUGCUUACUGAUUUAUCUACAAAUCACCUUGCAUUUUUUAUGUUUUACAUUUUAUUCCAAAAUCAUGGCAUUAAUAUGGAUUUGGUCCCCCUGAACUCAUCUGGGAAGGCUUUCUACUCGAUGUUGGAACAUUGCUCUGGGGAUUUGCUUCCAUUCAGCCACGAACAUUAGUGAGGUCAAGCACUGAUGUUGGGCGAUUAGGCCUGGCUCGCAGUCAGCGUCCCAAAUUCAACCCAAAGGUGUUCGACGGGGUUGAGGUCAGGGCUCUGUGCGUGCGGGGCAGUCAAGUUCUUCCACACCGAUCUCGACAAAACAGGAAAGGGCCUUCCACAAACUGUUGAAUGUUUGAAAGCAUAGAAUGGUCUAGAAUGUCAUUGAAUGCUGUAGCGUUACGAUUUUUCUUCACUGGACCCAAGGGGCCUAGCCCGAACCAUGAAUAACAGCUCCAGACAUUAUUCCUCCUCCACCAAACAUUACAGUUGGCACUAUGCAUAUGGGGAGGGUAGCACUCCAGGCAUCUGACAAAUCCAGAUUAGCCUUUCGGACUGCCAGAUGGUGACGCGUGAUUCAUCACGCCAGAGAACGCGUUUCCACUGCUCCCGUCCAAUGUUGGCGAGCUUUACACCACUCCAGCCGACGCUUGGCAUUGUGCAUGGUGAUCUUAGGUGUGCGGCUGCUCGGCCAUGGAAACCCACGUCAUGAAGCUCCCAACGAACAGUUCUUGUGCUAACGUUGCUUCCAGAGGCAGUUUGGAAUUCGGUAGUGAGUGUUGCAACCGAGGACGGAUGAUUUUUGCGCUACGCGCUUCAGCACUCGGCAACCCCAUUCUGUGAACUUGUGUGGCGUGGAUGAGCCGUUGUUGGUCCUAGAUGUUUCCACUUCACAAUAACAGCACAUAGAGUUGACCGGUGCAGCUCUAACAGGCCAGAAAUUUGACAAAUUGACUUGUUGGAAAGGUGGCAUCCUAUGACAGUACCAUGUUGAGUCACUAAGCUCUGCAGUAAAGGCCAUUCUGCUGCCAAGAGCGUAAUGCUGCCGUUGACGACCGAGGAUUCUCAGGGAACGAGACAAUGGAGGGGGUAGGGGUCUCCCUUAUGGGCCUCAUGGUUCUGGACAGUCAUCUGACCACAGUGUUCCUCCCCAUCGUCUACAUAGUGGUGUUUGCUGUGGGGCUGCCCACCAACACCAUGGCCAUCUGGGUCUUCCUGUUCAGGACCAAGAAGAAGCACCCUGCCGCCAUCUACAUGGCCAACCUGGCUCUGUCUGACCUGCUCUUUGUCAUCUGGACGCCUCUGAAGAUCGCCUACCACUUCAACGGUAACGACUGGAUCUAUGGAGAGAGGCUGUGUAAAGUCCUGGUGGGCUUCUUCUAUGGGAACAUGUACUGCUCCAUCCUCUUCAUCACCUGUAUCAGUGUCCAGCGCUACUGGGCCAUUGUUUACCCCCUCUCCCAGGAUUGUAGGAACAACCAUGUAGCCAUCGGUGUCUCGGUCGCAGUCUGGGUGGGGGUCUGGCUGCUGACCACCCCUCUCUACCUCUAUGACCAGACGGUCAAGGUGACCAACCUCAACAUCACCACCUGCCACGAUGUCAUCCGGCCCAGCCAGAUUAGCAUGGCCGUCGGCUACUUCCUGACCAUGGGAACCCUGGGAUUUGUAGUUCCCACUGUGGUGUGCGUGGUGGCCUACGUUCUCAUGCUCAAGUCCCUGAGGAACUCAAUGACGGACAACAGCAUCUCCAAGAAUCGGCGCAAGGCUGUGGUGCUCAUCAUUACUGUGCUGGUCAUGUUCCUAGUCUGUUUCACCCCCAGUAACAUCAUGUUGCUGGUGCACUACUCCCUCCUGCUGGCCGGAGUAGUGAACGAUGGCUACGGCUUCUACAUCACCGCCCUGUGUCUGGCCGCCCUCAACAGCUGUGUGGAUCCAUUCAUCUACUACUUCAUCUCAGAGGAGUUCAGGGAGCAUGUGAAGAACACGCUGAGGUGCCGAAGUGAGAGGACAGUGGCGAGGAUGAGGGUCUCGUUCAGCGCUCUUAAGUACUCCAAGAAAAAAAGCGCCUACACGUCAGACUCGGGGAACACACAGAGCUGCUCCUGUUAAGGGGGUUGUCAUGUGGAGAUGGAAGUUGGCUGAUGUUUUUAAAGUACUGGACAGGUGAAAGAGGAAGAGCUGGUGACCAUCUGCCAUGUUGCAUCAUUAUUAAUGGACAUGGUGCCAUUUUAAACUGAGUUGCAACCCCAGACUACUUCAUAUUAUGUGCUAGUGUUACAUUGGCUUCUCUUCCCUCAUACAUGAUAUUUACAUGGAGAUUUUGUUGGUUUUAUAUAGAGGGCAAAAUUAGUAAGAGUGAUGAGGCAAAUAGUUUUUAUUCCGUGUUACUGAUCCAUCCUCCACGUUUAGACAAUCAGAUGUCCAUUAAUUUUGGUCCAGUGCGGAGCUCUCAAACUUUCAACUGAGUUCUCAGUGCCCUGCACUGACCCUUUACUUUUUUUAAGUGAGCCAUUCACAUACAGUACCUAGUGAAAGUCUACACACCCCUUGCACAGUUAUGGAGUUUUCUACACCACCUUCUUGACAUUUUCAAAGUGAAAGAAAAAGUAUAGAAAAUGUUUGAAAAAAAUAAACAAAGAUUUCUUGUUUGUAUUCACACCCCAUAGUUAACACUUAGUGGAAGCACCUUUGGCAGCAAUUACAGCUGAAAGUAAUUUUGAAUAACAUUCUACCUACUCUUAGCGUAACAUUAUAUCCAUUGUUUUGGCUGUGUGCUUAGGGUCGUUGUCCUGUUGGAAGGUGAACCAUCGCCCCAGUCUCUGAGGUCCUGAGUGCUCUGGAGCAGGUUUUCAUCAAGGAUCUCUCUGUACUUUGCUCCGUUCAUCUUUCCCUCGAUACUGACUAGUCUCCCACAGCAUGAUGCUGCCACCACCAUGCUUCACCGUAGGGAUGGUGCCAGUUUUCCUCCAGACGUGAGGCUUGGCAUUGAGGCCAAAGAGUUUAAUCUUGGUUUAAUCAGACCAGAGAAUCUUGUUUCUCUUGGUCUGUGAGUCCUUUAGGUACCUUUUGGCAAACUCCAAGCGUGCUAUCAUGUGCCUUUUACUGAGGAGUGACUUCCGUCUGCCCACUCUACCAUAAAGGCCUGAUUGGUAGAGUGCUGCAGAGAUGGUUGUCCUUCUAGAAGGUUCUCCCAUCUCCACAGAGGAACUCUGGAGCUCUGUUAGAGUGACCAUCGGGUUCUUGAUCACCUCCCUGACCAAGGCCCUUCUCCACCGACUGCUCAGUUUGGCCGGGCAGCCAGCAGCUCAAGUAAGAAGUCUUGUUGGUUCCAUUUAAGAAUGAUGGAGGCCACUGUGUUCUUGGGGACCUUCAAUGCUGCAGACUUUUUUUUUUGGUACCCUUCCCCAUUUCUGUGCCUCGACACAAUCCUGUCUCGGAGCUCUAUGGACAAUUCCUUCGACCUCAUGGCUUGGUUUUUGCUCUGACAUGUACUGUCAACUGUAGGACCUUUUUUUAUAUAGACAGGUGUGUAACUUUCCAAAUCAUGUCCAAUCAAUUGAAUUUACCACAGGUGGACUCCAAACAGGUUGUAGAAACAUCUCCAGGAUGAUCAAUGGAAAUAUAUACCUGAGCUCAAUUUUAAGUCUCAUAGCAAAAUGUCUGUUUUUUAAAAAUAUAUAAAUUGGAAACUAUUUCUACAAAACUGUUUUUGCUUUGUCAUUAUGGGGUAUUGUGUGUAGAUUGAGGAUUACAAAAUAUUUAAUCAAUUUUAGAUAACCAAAUGUGGAAAAAGAGAAGGGGUCUAAAUACUUUCCGAUUGCACUGUAUUUACCUGGGCAUUUCUCCUUUAUUUGUCUUUGAUCUUGACAGACUCCCCAGUAUCUGCCGGUGACAAGCAUACCCAUAAUAUGAUGCCACCACAUUACUUGAAAAUACGAGGGGUUGGUAGAAUUGUAUUUAAAAUUAUUUUCAGCUGUAAUUGUGAAGACCUGCACAAUCAAGACAUCUUCAUAAUAAAUGUUUUUACGUUGUCUUUCACUUUGAAAAUGUGGAGCAGGUUGUGUCAAUUGGUAGAAAAAAACUAGAAUGUAAUCCCUUUUUAGAAUUUUACGGCAGAACCUUUUGAAGCUAUUAAAGGGAUGUGUAGAUUUUCACUAAGCAUUGUAAACCAUGAAUGUAUGAUAUUUCUAUCACCUAUGCAUAUGCUCGUGAAGCUAAUCUGAUAAAUAAAAUGUAAAUAUUGUACAUAUUACAUUUGUAAUA